AUGAAUUCUCAAGACCUCAACAUUCUACAAAAUCCGCAACUGGCCGACACCAUUGCUAAGCAUCAAGCCAUGUAUGCUAUUACGCCAAGAGCCCAAUUCAACGCUGAUCAAGCAAAGAUGCAGGCACUAGAGACCGAAAAUGCUGAAUUGGUUCAACAACUCAAGAAUAUGAACAUGGCUAGGCUAGAACUCAUCAAGGAGAGGGAUGUCUCAAAGAGAAGUAAUGAUGUGCAGAUUCAAGCCACAAAAGAGGAUGCGGAGAGAAUUCGGGAGCUUCAAGAGCAACAUGCCAAAGAGCUCAACGAUAAGGACCUGUUCAUCCAGGAACUGGAGGCCCGCCUAUCUGGUGCUGAGCAAGAAACCGUCGAUAAGCUAAAGGUGCUUGAGGAGCAACAUGCCAAGCAGAUGAAAGACAAGAACGUGGAAAUCCAAACGCUUAAGACCCAACUGGCGGCUAGUGAAGAGGAAAGUACCAGCAAUAGUAUGAAUCUCCUAGAGCAAUAUCUCAAGGAGCUUGCCCAGAGAAACCUGGUUAUCGGAAAUCUGGAAACCCAACUAGCUGCUGUAUCUGCUGCUGAGCAACAAAUUAUCGAUAAGCUCAAGGAGCUUAAGGGGCAACAUGUCAAGCAGAUGAAAGACAAGAACGUGGAAAUCCAAACGCUUCAGGACAAAUUGGCGGCUUUUCAGGAACAACAUGCCAAGGAGCUCAACGAUAAGGACUUCGUCAUCCAGGAACUGAAGACCCACUUACCUGCUGCAGAGCUACAAACCGUGGAUAAGGUUAAAGAGCUCACAAAUGAGAACAACCGACUCUCUCAAGUAAUUCAGAAGCUCCAGGAGGAGAGAAUCAAGGCUGAGCGACGCCUUCGAAUUGCUUCGAUGUUUGGACCGAUGUUGACGGAAGGCUUGCAGAAGAAGUUGCAAGUUCAUCAGAAGACAAAGGAGGUUGUCUCUCAGCUCUAUCAAGGAAUUCCGAAGGAGGAAAGCUGCUUUCCUGAGCGACGUCUGAAAGGCUUCUUCAAGGUGCAGAAAACCUUGCGUCUGGAGAAGAAGGAGAAGGAUGUUGUUCCUGAGCCAACUACUCAACUCCACACUGAGCUCGGCAAGCUCUAUAUGCAGCUCCAGGAAGCAAAGAAGCCACAGGAGGCUCUGAUGUCUCAGUUGGCUGCUAAGGACAAGGAAAUCGAGUAUCUCAUGGAGCAACUCGAAACGAAGGAUUCUGAAAUCCAAAAUCUGAAGGAGAUGAUUCAGGGAGGAGAUGAUUUAAUGAAAAAGCGGUCAUUGCGGAUUCAAUGGCAGAGCUCAAAGACUGUCGUGAAGGACAAUCGGAAUAAUAAUUGCUACUGUUAUAUGUGA